GCCGUACAUUUAAAUGUGUCGUGCGGGCUGGUAACGAACGACGCUACAGAACCCUGGCAGAAGUCCAGGGCAGAUUUUCCAGGUUCCGGCGGAGUCUCAUUGAAGACGAAGUAUUCUCAGUUCACAACGACUCCUUCAUUAGGACUUACACAUAACCAUUAAAAGUGAGAAUGCGGGAUUCAAGGAAAGAUACCAACGCUGUUAAAAAAUCGAUUUUAAUGGUCGAUUCACGACAAGCUCCAAGGGACCAGUAGUCAUUAUAUUUCUGAGGUGUCUGGGAUUUUUAAAAUACAAAGGAAUAAAUAGGAGAGAAAUCAAAAUGUCAGAUCUGAACGUUCGACCGUUAUUGACUCUGCUGGAGGCCAUGAUUGACCUGGCCGCCCCCAAGGUGGACGUAAAGGCCGGGGGGUACAGCGAGGACCUGUUCCUGAGCCUGACCCCAGAGCAGAAAGAGGAGUUCGAAUGCUCGAUAUGUUAUCAAAUUCUGCGGGACCCAAGGAGAUGCAGCAAUAGACACAAAUACUGCUACACGUGUAUUUUUGUGUGGUCUACUUCCGGACCGCACGCAAACCACCGGAAGUGUCCAGUCUGUCGGACAGAGGGCUACUACAUCCGGGACCAGGAACUAGAAGAAAAAGUAGGAAAUCUUAGGGUUAAAUGUCACUUAGAAUCGUGUAAAUGGAAAGGACCUUUAAAAUUACUGCCAAAACACAGGCAUACCACAUACACGCGAACUGGACUUCCGUUUAGGAGUAGAUUCGAUGAGCACUAUCGAAGUAUGUACAGUGAAAUGGCAGAACAAGAGGAUGAUUUGCCGCGGUUGGACAAUGGCAGCCACGAAUCAGGCACGAGGUUGUCCCUGCGUCCCCCGUCCACUUCAAAUCGUUUGACCAGGAGCCGUCUGGCGGGAACUCAGACCGCACGUGACCCCGCCAACGGCACGGCCAGUGCAUCGCCGCAACAAAGCAGCGCGUCCGCCAUCACGACACCACGGACCCCGCACCCACCGACCACGCCCCGCCCCACGGGACAAGCAAUGAGACGGGUGCCAACACUACCCAGUAUUAUCAACAAUAAUUCACAGACUCCGCCAGCACAAGAAGGAAGGAUGCUUCCGCUGCGCUCAACAACGAACGAGAAUCGUAUCGAUCGAUCUAGAGCAACAAAUACCGUCCCGCAACCCCCGCAGCAGCCGAGAACAACCACCACCGUGUCUAGAGGGGUCCGAACGAACCCUAACCCCACCAAUCCUGGGUACACUAAUGUCAGACAGAGACUGAGGGAGAGCAGAGAGCGUCUGGACACCUUGAUGACGUCAUUUUCAACCGAGCUGGAAAGAGGACGUCGAGGUCUGACAGAAUUUCAGGAAACUCGUGAGCGCAGGCGCCAAGAGCAGCUAGAGGAAGUGCGUGAUUUGGGGCGAAGACUAAGUUACGUUGCCACGGAGUUGCGUAGUUUGCUAGAUCAAAGACGGCAACUACGUGACGACUUAGAGGAAAUAUCUGAUGAAUAUGCAGAUAGUUAAUGGCAGAAAUGUCUGCAUAUAUAUGCAUAUAAUUAUACUAUAUACAAACACACCAUGAUUUACUGAAUCAUAACUAAUUAGUAUUAAUUUCUUUGACUGUGAUAUUGUUUUUUUUAAAUACUUAUGUUUAAUGUUAUUUUUAUGCCAGAUUUGUUUUCACUUAGAAUAUUUAAAUUAAUCGUUAACAAUUUACAUAGAAAACAUUUUCAUUUAUACUACCACCACAUAACAAUUUUUCAGAUUUCAUCAUGAACAACACGCUUUAUAAACAAUCGUUAUGUUGUCAUCUUCCAAACACAGUGAACUAAGUUUCUAGUGUCUAACUUUCAGGACUUCAGGACUCUUUGUUAGUAUUAAAUUGGAAUGAAAACUGACUUGGGUGGUUUAUCAUAAAUGACAUUUCUUGAAGAUAUCAACAUCAUCGGAAACCCACGACCAGAGUCUCAUGAACGUUUGCGAGAAUGGCCAUUGAAUACUAGUAUCCAUACCACAUGUAUAUUUACGGCAUCAUUUUAUAUGGUGUCAUUUGAUAAACAAGGAUGCACAAUAUUUCAUGUCAUAAAUAUACUACAUUUUUCAUUCAUGCAAUAAGAAGAUUAAAGAUUCAAGAAUAUAACCUUGCUUUACCAACUCAGCAUGUCCAAAAUUAAUUGCAUUUCUCUUUAGUGGCAAAUCUGAAAUUAUGUCCUUCUUGCCUUCUUGACAAACCUAAAUUAUAUAUAUUUGUUACAGACGACUGUGCCUGAGUGCACACACUCAAAUCAUGACGAUGUUUGGACACGCUAAUGCCUUAUUUAGAACUUGAUUCUCUCCAGAUUGACAGAAAAAAUGUUCAUUAUGUCGAUUAAUAUAAAAUGGUGGGG